AUGCGACCUCUCUUCGCCGCAGGAGUACAGCUCCGCUCUAUGAUCCAACUCAAACAACUCAGCUCUAUGAUCCAACUCAAACAACUCCGCUCUAUGAUCCAACUCGAACAACUCGAAAGAGGGAGACGCUGCAAUUCCUUUGAAAUACGAGGCAGAUCGAGCCAAAUCAAAUAUCGUGUGGGAGUUGAACGAUCCAGCAAUAGGGAAAUCACUAUCUCCUUUAUUGCUUUUCGUCGAGGAGUCAUAACCAGGACGUUGCAGGAUACCCGGCGGAGAGGUACCGGAGGCAGAAGAGCACUGGAGCCUGUAAUAACCAGAGGGCGUGCGGGGAGAUCUUAUCCAGAGGCCAUUGGUGGAGGAGCGGACCUAUCAUUAUUAAAUAUAAAUUGUUCCAUUAGGAGACAUAUUAUUACCCGCCAUAUUAUUUGCUCCUCUAAUGAAGCAAUUCUCAGGCGGUGCAAUCCUCGGGAAAAUGUGGAGGUUUUGACUAGACUAUUCUUUCACGUUCAUGGUAAGAAAGCUGACCCCAUGAACUUGCAUUGUUUGCUGGUUGAACCCAUAUUUGUGGUACAAUGGCUAUACCUGGCCGUAGACUUGGGCCCGAAAGUUGGAAGCCGGUUGACAAGAGAUAAGAAGAGGGCAAUGACCGAUAAAAGAGGCGCUAGACAGGCUGCGGGGGGUGAAGGUUGGCCUAGGCCGCACAAUGCAGUCAGCUGA